ACAAGAAGCAGCUCUCUCCUCUUCAUAGUCCUCCGAGCGAAAAAAUGGAGACUCGAAGAGAAGAAGAACACACCGCCGCCGCCACCGCCACCAACUGGAGCGAAGAGGUGGAGGACUUGGUGUCCGCCGGCGACGUCUCCGCGGCCGUCUCCUUCCUCGAGUCCCUCAUCUCGAAGCUCGAAUCGCGGCAAGCAGAGGAGCCGUCCUCCUCCAAUCUCCAAUUGGCCUCCGCCCUCGCCGAAUUGGCCCGCCUCUACUCCUCCCAGGGCUUCUCUCUCAAGUCCGAUCAGCUCCUCGCUCGAUCCUCGCUCCUCAAGCAGCGCGGCCGCCGCGGCUCUCCCUCUCGUGAUGCAGAGAUCGCGACAGAGGACUUGAAGGGCGAUCGAGGUGCAUCGCCGGGUGCUGCUCUGACCUGCAUUGACUCCUCGGGAUCUUCCGCUGGAGGGCGCGUUCAGCAUCCGACGAUCGUGCCUGAUGAUGAAACUUCAGAGGAUGAUUGGGAAGCUAUGGCAGAUCGUUCUCCCAAUGAGUUACUCCCUGCAGAAUGCUUAACUGAAGUAUCAAAGCUUUCUCUGGAAGAUGGCAAAAAUACUAAAGCCCCUAAAAGGCGUGGAAGGGGCACUUUUACUUAUAAGAAACAUGAAUUAUAUAGUGAUCGGGUAUCAGAUGAUUUGACCAUCGAUGAAGUGGAUGAUGAAGGUCAAUCUUCUCAUUUAGAAGAAAAGCCCAUAUUGAGACCCUCUAGAUAUGGCACUAGUCAUGUUCUUGUCCUCGCUGGGUUUCCUCCAAGCACUAGAACAACAGAGCUAGAGAAGCUUCUCGAGGACUUCAGAAAUCGAGGAGUAGUGAUUCGGUGGGUCGAUGAUACUACUGCCAUUGCAGUAUUUCAAACGCCAGCAAUUGCACUCGAGGCUCUUGGCAGUAUUCAAUUUCCAUUCACCGUACGAAUACUGGAGGAGGAGGAUUCUCUCUUGAGCUCAAUUCCAGUAACAGACUUGGAACCUCCAAAGCCAAGGCCACAAACAUCCGCCCGAACUGCUCAGAGGCUCAUUGCUCAGGGCAUGGGGCUGAAGUUGCCUUCCUCGUCCUUUGGUUCCAGAGAAUUGAGGAAACAGGAAGAAGCCAGAAAGGACCGCAUUGUGAGGAGGCAUAAACUGAGAGAUGAUGCUUGGGGUGAAGACUGAAAAUUGAGGUUUCAUGUAAUCAACGAGUCUUGAAAAGGCGUGAAAACACACAUUUUUACUUGCAUCGUAUAGCACUCUUUUGAAUGGAUCCUACAUUUGGCACAUCAAGGGUUUGCCCAGCUGAAUCAGAAGGCAUUUUCACCACUCGUGAAAUUUAAUC